AUGGAGUGCAAUGUGGAGGACAAUAAGAAUCUAUACCUUCAUGCUCCUACUUUCAUUGAGUGGCUCAAACCAUGUUCUUCUCCCUCAUAUCUAAAUUCCAACACAAUAUCUUCUUCAUCUUCAUCUUUUUCCUUUACUCAGCAUGAGCUUGUUCAUGAAACCAUUCAAUUCUUGCCCAUUUUAAGUGAAAAGGCCUCAGAAGAUGAAGUACAGAAUUUUGAGGUGAAAGAGGAAAAGGUUGAACAAGUGACUGUGGCUUUGCACAUUGGUUUGCCUGACACUGCUAAAGGGCAUCCUGAGGUUGUUGAUGAUGAGAAGAUGAUUUUCCAUGUUAAGGAAGAACAAGAGUCCUCCAAGAGAAGCUUCCAUGGAUGCUCCUUCAACCAAGAGAGAAGGUUUUGGAUUCCAACUCCAGCACAGAUCCUUGUUGGACCGAUGCAGUUUGCUUGCUCCAUAUGUAGCAAAACCUUCAAUAGGUAUAACAACAUGCAGAUGCAUAUGUGGGGUCAUGGAUCAGAAUUUAGGAAAGGACCAGACUCACUGAAAGGAACACAACCAGCAGCAAUGCUAAGGUUGCCAUGCUACUGCUGUGCCCAGGGUUGCAAAAACAACAUCAACCAUCCAAGGGCCAGGCCUUUGAAGGACUUUAGAACCCUCCAAACUCAUUACAAAAGAAAGCACGGCACAAAGCCCUUUAUGUGCAGAAAAUGUGGGAAAUCAUUUGCAGUCAAAGGGGAUUGGAGGACUCAUGAGAAGAACUGUGGCAAGUUGUGGUACUGCACUUGUGGCUCAGACUUCAAGCACAAAAGAUCGCUGAAGGACCAUAUUAGGUCCUUCGGAAAGGGACACAACCCUCAUCCUCCCUUUGAAGCUUUUGAGGAUGAGAAGGAAUGCAUCACUGGCUCUGAUGAAGAUGAGGUUAAUGCUCAUCAUCACACAUGA